UUAUGGAUUUCUGUUACUGCUCCUUCAUAUCCUCCAAGCUGCUAUUGCACUGGAGGAGAAGAUCAUUGUCAGUAAACUUGGAGACAAUGCCACACUGAGUUGCAUUUAUGGAGGAAGAGAGCUGCACUUAAAAAAUUUACGGGUAUAUUGGCAAAUAGCUGAUGAUCAAGAAGAGUGUUCAGUUGUACAUGCACUGAUCUCAGGUCAAGACAACGAAAGUGAACAGUGUAUUCACUUUAAAAACAGGACUCAAUUAUUCUGGGAUAAAUUGGAAAAUGGCAAUUUUUCUCUGCUACUGUUAAAUGUCAGCCAGAGUGAUGAACGUACGUACAAAUGUGUAGUACUGCAGAAAACUGAAUAUACUAGAGUGAUUCACCAGGCAGAAGUGGUUCUCAGUUUAGCAGCUAGUUACAGCCAGCCAAUACUCAGUGGACCGAUAAACAGUGACAGCACUGGAGAGGAGAUGACUUUCAGCUGCAGGUCUGGCAAUGGAUACCCAGAGCCCAAUGUUUAUUGGAUAAAUAAAACAGACAACAGCCACCUGCCUCCAUCUGAGCUAAAGAUCACCCCUCAUGCCGAUGGCACUUACAGCAUUUUUAGCACGCUGAAGGUUAAAGCCACUUCUAACAUGCAGAUAGAGUGCUCCAUAGAAAAUAAAAUACUGCGGGAAAAUCUGUCAGCCAACUACACACAGCAGAAGCAACGCAAUGGUCCUAGCACAGAAAGUCACAAAAACCUGGGAAAAAAUGGACGAGGUGCUCAAGCAGCUGGCAUAGUUUCCAUUGUCAUUCUGAUAGGUCUUCUAGCUGUUUUAACCUGCUGGCUGUGGAGACGGAGGUCCUCUAAAUUAGUAUCCUAUACAG